AUGAAGGUGGUCUUCGGAGAGCGCUCAACAGGAGAAAGCACAAAAGCCAUGGUCGCCGGCAGUCAAGCAGCAGCGGCUUGGAGUGGAGAAGUGAUUGAGGACGAGGAGGCCGAUCUACUGUGGGAACUGGAUGAUGAAGAGGAAACAGCAAGCUCAUCUAGAGGUUUGUUGAUGUAUGGUAACGUGGAAGUGUUCAAAGAGCAGGCUGAAAACUUGAACAGAGUGCAAGAAAGUUCGGUUGAGAACGAUGUUGGAUGUGGAAAUGGUUCAACAGAGGAGUGUAUUAGUCUCCUUAAUAUCUGGAGACGUGAGAAGGACAAGUUCAAGAAGUCUGGUCCCAGUGUUUACACCAAAGAUAGAUGUAGCGCAGGAGUGGGGAGUUCGAAAUUUCCAGCUACACUUCGAACUGCGUUAACCUCGAAUGAAGAGCAGGCUAAUGAUGCUGUGAAAGUCCUGGUGGAGUUUCUUGGGAAAGCUAAAAAGGAGAAAACUUUCAAGCAACAACUGUGCUAUGCGGCGCUCGCUACACCUAAUCUUAACAAGUUUUUUGAUAUGGUGAGUAGUUGGUGA